GCCCUCCUCUGCUGCAUCAUCGUGGCGCGUCGCGUCCACUUUCCUGCGGAUCAUGAUGACGUUGGUUGAAUUCCGAUCUUUUGAACAAAACUGUCAAACUCGGAGUCGUCAGAACAACCAUCUACAGAACUUGACUUCGCCCAACUGCCAAAGAAUAAACUCCAAUCAAGACACGUCCCAUAGUCCCCAAAUCUCUCAAAAUGGCGAGCGCAACAAGAGCAGAGCUCAUCAAGAAGGUGUACACCAUGGUGCCGCCUAUGCUUGAGAGCUUCCACAAAGGUCAACUGGGUCGUGUAGCCGUCAUCGGUGGCAGCGAAGACUACACCGGUGCACCAUACUUUUCCGCCAUGGCCUCUGCAAAAUUGGGUUGUGACAUGUCCCACGUGAUCUGCGAGCCAGGCGCCGGUGCAGUAAUCAAGACAUAUUCACCCAAUCUUAUGGUACACCCGUAUAUGCGACAGUCCAAGAACCUUACACAGUCUGAGAGCGCAGAGUCCGUGUCAGCCGAAGUCGUCGGCAUGCUAUCUCGUCUGCACGUUAUUGUCAUCGGGCCCGGACUCGGACGUGACCAGCUCAUGCAGGAUACAUGCGCACAGGUGAUUCAGGAGGCGCGCAAACAGGGCAUCCCCUUUGUACUGGACGCGGAUGGUUUGUACCUUGCGCAGACGCGACCGGAGCUUGUGGACGGAUGCACUGAGUGCAUUCUCACGCCGAAUGUGGUUGAGUUUGGACGGCUGGCAAAGGCAAAGGGCGUCAAUGUCGACGAGGGCGACCCUUCGGAGUUGUGCGCAAAGCUGUCCAAGGCGUUUGGAGGCGUCACCAUCAUCCAGAAGGGGCCCAAGGACUACAUUUCCAACGGCGCACAUACGCUGGUGUCGGAGGGCGAGGGUGGAUUGAAGCGUUCCGGUGGUCAGGGCGAUACGCUGACGGGGAGCUUGGCCACGCUGCUCGCGUACCGCAAGGCGUAUCAUGACAAGAUCUGGGACCAUGGGACGGACAUGGAUAGGAGUGAGACGCUGGCGCUUGCGGCAUUUGGUGGCUCGGCGAUCACCAGGGAGUGCUCCAAGCUGGCGUAUAAGGAGAAGGGCAGGUCGCUGCAGGCUAGUGAUCUGACGGAGCAUGUGCAUACGGCGUUCUUGAACAUCAUCGGGGAGAAGGAGGAGACGCCUAAGUUGUGA